AUGACAGCUCGUGUCCUUAAAGCACCAAGAUACCCGCAGUCAAAUCUCCGGAUAUACCAGGAUAACGGCUCUCUUCUUGCUGAGGAGAAGGACUGGGGAAUCUUCAAAUUGCUGAAGGCCGGCACAGCAGGCAGUACGCUCCGGUCUAGCGGCCGGGCUUCAGUGGGCCCCGGUAACUACAUUGUUCUAGAUAAAGAUCAAACCCCCAUCACCGUUAACUUGACAACCAACUGUGCGCCACGCCGCAUCAGAACCCAUGACACCAGUACCCAACCCCCAGGACCAUCUGGUAGACAAACUACACUCCGCAACAGUCUCCGCCAAAGAGACAGUUGCUGUGCAAUUACCGGGCAGAAUAGGUCAGGCACCUAUGAAGAACCUUUCCUCGGCCUCGAGGCUACGCAUGUAUUCCCUGUGAGCAUGCUAGGAGAAUGGAGAAGAGGUGAAUACCGGCGGUACAUUACCGAUACUCGCCCCGAUAGCGAGAUUGGAGAGACUCGUCUCUAUUCUGCCCAGAAUGGGCUCCUCCUUAGCUCAGACAUUCACACUUGGUUUGAUAAUUUUCGACUAGGAGUGGAUCCUGAUUCUGACUACAAGAUUAUUGUAUUCGGAUCAGAUCCUGCGAGAAUGGGCGGUACUCGUCUCAAAGACUCGGCCCGAAGUGGAACCAACCGUGUGAGUGAUGAUCUCCUUCGUUGGCACCUGCGUAUGUGUGUAUAUCGAAACAUGAAGGCCAAUGCCGAGCCAGAGACAAUCUGGGACGAGGAUCUUGGAGAAGAUCCAAUGGCCAGCAUUCUCAAGCAGCCAGAUGCAGCUGAACGAAUGGAGAUCGAGCUUUUUACACGUUUGGGAGGACUAAUAGCGUGA